AUGAUCACCAAGGAUGAUAAUGCUACGCUUCCUCUUUCCUGCUCAGCUUCCUUAGAUAAGACAGGAAGACAAGAGUCUGUAGAACGUCCACAACGGCGCGGGCGUGACUCCCGCCACGCUCCUGCCUCCGCCACCCAGAACACCCACCACACCCGCCGCCACCCACCACACCCGCCGCCACCCACUACACCCACCGCCACCAGUAUGGAAAUCUCUGUGUUCAUGUUGGUGGGUGGGGGCGUGUUAUGCUCCUGCCUGGUGGUGCUGCUGCUGAUGGUUAUCUGCUACUGCUUGUGUAAGAGACGCGCGUCCCACCCCGCCUACACCUCCACCCACACCAGCUGUCGCACCUCCGCUGUCUACUCUUACAUAAGCAGUUUUAGGCACCCACACCAGCACAGGCGGAACCUGACAGCCUUAUCACGGGUUACAAACACAAGUGGUCCUGCGAGAGCAUUUCUUCCUCUGAUGUCUCCAGUGCCCAGUCAUCCUCCUCCUCCACCCCCGUUGCCACCACAACGCAGAAAAUGCUCGUCUUAUUACCACUCUGUGAAGAACAAGCCGUUCUCCCCAGGGCGUGCAGCACUCGGCACCAUACCCUCCAAGAUAAAGUACAUACGGAGAGAGAGACAGCCUGCACCAACGCCUCCGUCUAGUAGAGAGGGCAGUGACUGCGAUCACAACAAAAUUACUUGCAAGUCGCCGCUUUUAGAGACCGCUACCUGGGCUUCACAAUGUUCAAGUGACACGACCACUAGUUCUCCACAGAUCAUUUAUGUGGGCCCAUUGCCGUCUCCCCCAAUAGAACCGCCCAAGGAAGCCAUCAACAUCCUAUCCAAGAUGCCGUAUGUGUCUCCAGGUCCACCAGCUGUGUUAUUGGAGACAUCAUCGUUCAUCAGCGAGGCAUCAACGUAUCGCUUGCCUUGUGUCCCGCCUUGUAGCGACCCUCUCUCUCAGACCCAGCCGCUCCACAUGGGUCAGAUGGCGACUCUGCGACCCCCCGACAGCGAAUGUGGAGCUGGUCAUGGGUUCCCUGGUACCAGGGAUUGGUGUCACUUGCGACGUAGGUCCCGUAGCAGAGAGACAGAGCAGGGAGAUGACCCAGUCACUCUCACCCUCCACCACAACUCCUCCCACAUGGCACUCACUUGCCCGCAACCUCUCUCUGCUGGGCCUUCACCCUCUCCAUCACACUUCCUUCGUGCUUCAAACACUGAAUUGUCAAACUGAGUGUUGAGUGUUUCUCUAGAUAUAAGAACGUUCUGUUAAAAUGUAUUAAUUUCAGUUUGUUUCUCCGUGUGGUAGUCUUAGAGACCUUGAAGAACAUAGAAGGGAAGACAAAAUCAUACAGUAAACUAUGCACGAAGUUUACAUGUUAGCUGCGCAGUAAUUAUGCCCCGCCACCUGGCUCACGACCCCCAUCCAUGGAGGAAAAAUUCUAGAAUUAGUUUAAAGUAUAAAUUUCAUUUAAUAAACCAUGUAAUGUCUGUUGAAAAGAUGAAGUCAAACUAUCAACUAACAAUCAUAAUAUUGUUAUCAAUGAGAAAAUCCACUGGGACUAUAGGUGGGCGCGAACCUCCGACCCCGGCAGAUGGCGUUGACAUCAUCGCAGUCUUGUACAGAUUAAUGGUGGCACACUGGUAAGGUGUGCGGCUGGGAGUUUCUUGGUCGCUGGUUCGAGUUCAAAAUCAGUGUUGCAACAGAUUUUCUCGUGAUGUGAAUCACAUUAAUGAUUUAUUUAUCUACUCGUAAUGUUGUAAGUCCGUAAAGGUGUUGCGUGUUUCUCUAGAUAUAAGAACGUUCCAUGUUCCAUGAAUAUAAGUUGUAUUGUAUUGAGUGCAUUUUCUACUGCAUUAUUCCUUGAAACUUUUCCUGGAAAUGAUCCUCAUAUUGUGCUUCAGUGAACCAAUGUAUAAUCCUGAAAUGCUAUCCUCAUGUACCUAGUAAUCCUUGUGUCUUUAUUGUGUAUUGUUAUUAUUGUGUAUUAUUCUGAUCUGCUUUUGUGUCAAAAUUUCUUCAAAUUACCUGUAAACAUUUUUUGUUGAUAUUACUGUAAUUCUUCUUCUUAAAAUUAUCUGUACCUGUAAAGAAAAGCUGUAAAAUACCUGCUAACAUUUUUUUAUAAAUUUUACUGUUAAUUUAUCAAAUUUUGUACUGUUAGUUAAAGGACUUGCCCGAAACGCUAUGCGUGCUAGUGGCUUUACAAGAAUGUUAAUUCAACUUAUUUCUAUAUUCUCUGUUAACCCCCAAUGU